UCGUGUGCGUGCGAGGGGGGCGACGUAAGGGCGCUCCGCGAGCCCGUCUCUCCUCGAAUGAAAGGAAACAACCUCCGGCGACAGAGCCCCGCUCUCAGGCACUGCCGGAGAACCGAGACCGACUUCUUUCUCUUUACCCUCAUUGGCGCUUCUCUCCUGCCGUCCGCCUCUGGGCCCUGCCGCAUUUCUUGAGGCUUAAAGUGGCAUUCUAAAGGCAAUUUAAAAAUCAUGUCAAGCUCAGUUGAACAGAAAAAAGGGCCUACAAGACAGCGCAAAUGUGGCUUUUGUAAGUCAAAUAGAGACAAGGAAUGUGGACAGUUACUAAUAUCUGAAAACCAGAAGGUGGCAGCGCACCAUAAGUGCAUGCUCUUUUCAUCUGCUUUGGUAUCAUCACACUCUGAUAAUGAAAGUCUUGGUGGAUUUUCUAUUGAAGAUGUCCAAAAGGAAAUUAAAAGAGGCACGAAGCUGAUGUGUUCUUUGUGCCAUUGUCCUGGAGCAACAAUUGGUUGUGAUGUGAAAACAUGUCACAGGACAUACCACUACCACUGUGCAUUGCAUGAUAAAGCUCAAAUACGAGAGAAACCUUCACAAGGAAUUUACAUGGUCUAUUGCCGAAAACACAAGAAAACUGCACAUAACUCCGAAGCAGCUGAUUUAGAGGAAAGUUUUAAUGAACACGAACUGGAGCCCUCAUCACCUAAAAGUAAAAAGAAAAGUCGCAAAGGAAGGCCAAGAAAAACUAAUUUUAAAGGACUGUCAGAAGAUACCAGGUCCACAUCCUCCCAUGGAACAGACGAAAUGGAAAGUAGUUCCUAUAGAGAUAGGUCUCCACACAGAAGCAGCCCUAGUGACACCAGGCCUAAAUGUGGAUUUUGCCAUGUAGGGGAGGAAGAAAAUGAAGCACGAGGAAAACUGCAUAUAUUUAAUGCCAAGAAGGCAGCUGCCCAUUAUAAGUGCAUGUUGUUUUCUUCUGGCACAGUCCAGCUCACAACAACAUCAAGAGCAGAAUUUGGAGACUUUGAUAUUAAAACUGUACUUCAGGAGAUUAAGCGAGGAAAAAGAAUGAAAUGUACACUUUGCAGUCAGCCUGGUGCUACUAUUGGAUGUGAAAUAAAAGCCUGUGUUAAGACUUACCAUUACCACUGUGGAGUACAAGACAAAGCUAAAUACAUUGAAAAUAUGUCACGAGGAAUUUACAAAUUAUACUGUAAAAAUCAUAGCGGAAAUGAUGAGAGAGAUGAAGAAGAUGAGGAACGAGAGAGUAAAAGCCGAGGAAAAGUAGAAAUUGAUCAGCAACAACUAACUCAGCAGCAACUUAAUGGAAACUAGGUUCAUGGGACAGAGUUAGAAAACUGGGAAUGAAUAAGACAUCCAUAACUACUAUUCUUUUUUCACUGUUUUCUAAAAUCAAAAAGGGUUUGUAACUUUUUACUGCCCAACUCUUAGAUCCUUCAUUGAACUGCCUAAAAAUGUCUUGUUUGUUUUAUGAGCCUUCACUAGAAGGCUGAGUUUGACAUGUUGAUAUUACGUAGCUAUAGUUUGCAGUUUCUGGGAAGCAAUUGAAACACUAUUAACCCUGUGUAUAGUGUCAACAGUUAAAGCAGAUGAAACAAAGUAAGCUAUAUUUCUGGACUGAACAAAGUUCUGCUGUUUAGAGUGUUUAAGUUUGUUUAGUGGAUCCAUACUCAAAGGAAAGCAUAAGCAAAUUUUCCUUUACAAUGCAAACAUGCCACUGGUGGCAGCACAUGGUAAUUUGUGGAUUUUUUUUUUCACACUCAAGUAAUGGAGGCUAGAAAUGAAGAGAACCUUCUUUUUCUCUUGGCUUUAACAGCACAUGCUAAAAAUCUCUUCCAAGAAGUACGCUAAAGCUUUUCAUUUGGUUCCUGUUAAAGUUGUUCUCACUGACCAGCAUGGACUCAGGCAACUGCUAAUUAUAAGCUAUGAGCUCCAGUGCUUUUGCCAAAAUUCUCUUGACAGCACACCUCCUCUCUUUCCAUGUUAUACAGAGGACUUCUGGCAAAAUGAUUGAGUCCUUCAAGUUUAAACUAACAUUUGGCAACAGCAAAUUAAAUGUUUUUAAGAUGUAAAGAAAGAGUUACUGCUUGCUAAGGACUUCAGACAUCAUGUCCGAGACGUGUUCCUCUCAAGUGCCCUGUUGUGUGGAACACUUCCCAUACUGGCGCAGAGUACGUAAGGAGGUCUCAUGUGCUGUAGGAGUAAAAAAGUCUUUGCAUAAAACAGUAUUUAUUUUUACUUUUGUGACCACUAUUUCAGAAACUUUAUUUAAUAUUUUAAUGUUUUCAGUCAUUGCUUUGGUUAUCUAUAAAAUAGGCUUUUGUGCCCUACUUUUCUUCUUGUAGGGCUUGGUGGUGUUUUAUCGAUUGUCAGAAUUGGUUUUGAAAGCCUAAGAACCCAGCUUUUUAGAAAGGGUUUUCACACUGGCAUUUCUAGGUAGUGAUAUUUUCUUCCACUUACCUGCUGAAGCACAUUUAUGCAUUUCUUUAUGGCAAAACCAAAUAACUUUAGUUGUGGUCUGCCUGAUAUUACCAUAGCACCUCAAUACCAAGGGAAGGGAUUUUGACUAGUUGAAUUAUUAAGCCACCACAAUAAAGCAGAUUUUUAAAUAAGGAAUAAUCAUGUUAACUUGACUGUACAUUGAGAUAUUCUACAUCUGAUAGAGCAGCAUUUUAAAAAUGUAACAGGUGGAAAAUUACACUGUGCUUAAUGACUGCUUUUUUUAAAAACUGUGAGUCCCUUAAAGUCAUGUUUGUCAAGUGUGUAUUCACACAUUUACUUAAAUCAAGGGACUCAAUGCUUGCUUUUAUUUUAACCAUCUUUUACUAUUUUUAGAAGGAAACUAGCUUUAGUAGUGGGUUGCCCUGUAUGUUUUCUCUUUUUGCUCUUAAUAUGCCAUUGGGUUUUUGUGUGUAUGUGAUUUUCAAAAUUCAUGACUUGAAGUGCAAGGACAGAUCUAGCUGUUUGUUUACCAAGCUAUGUGACUUCUCCCAAAGGAUCUGUACUUUCUUUCCUUACAACAGCUUGAAAAUCAUUAUUUUAAAAUCCUUAAAUCACUGUGUCUAGAUCAUUUUUUACAUUGUGUGCCAUAGACUUACCCAUGGGACAACAGAGCUCCUUCAUUUUUGAACAACUACUGUAAUCAUUUUUUUUUUUUUUUAGGAAAAAUGGAAGGUGCCAGGGGUAAUCAUGGCCAGUCAAUAAUUAUAUAAAGGAGUUCAAAUACUAUAGCUGUCAGUUGAUGAAUUUGUUAUGUAGUAAAAUGUAUGACUUUGUAUGGGUUUCUUCAGCCCUUUUUCUGCCACUAGCAACCAGAAUAGCACUUUACCUUUUGGUUGGCUAGAUAAGUGGCUGACUACCUGUUUUUCUCACUGUGGUGUGAUUGGCUAAACAAUCUUGCAUUAAAAAUUCAAAUGUAAAUUGAAUUCACAUGAAAAAUCAUGUUUGGUUGUAAACCUCCAAUGUUUUGAUUCUCUAAUCAUGUUUUCGUCACAUGCUGAGUAAAAGUGCCUUACAAUGUAAAAAUUGUACAGUACUUAUGUUCCCAAGUAGCAUCAUCAUCUUCUGGGUAGUAAUUACAUUGUGGUAUUAAUAUUUAGAAAAAUGGACCUCAGCAGUGUAUUUACUGUACAUCUCUUAAGUCUUUAACUGUAGUUUUAAUAAGCAUGACAUUAUUUGAUAAGUAUAUAACAUUUACAUCAUUUCAAAAAAUACUGCCGUUACUGUCUUUUAUGCAUAUUUUAGCCUGAAAUUUUGAAGCGUCUUUUUUCUUUCUUUCUUUUUUCUUUUAUUGUUUUGUUUUUUGUUAUUGAUAUUAAACAGUGUAAUCUUUGCAAGCGUAUAUUGAAGAUUAUUCUGGAGCAUUUAUUGCCUUACCAGAAAUGUUAGUAGGAAAUGUUCUUUAGAGUAGAAAGAUAGACUUGAGUUUCUAUACUUUUAAUAAGAGCUCUUUGUUCCUGGCGGGGAGGGGGGUAGGGGGUGAAUUUUACUUUCAUCUCAAGUUAUUAAAAACCCACAACUGAGGUAAAUUUUAUUUCAAGGAUCAGCAGUUUUAGAAUUUCAGAUAGUACUUGCUCAGAAGUACAUGCUACUCAAGAUAUUAAGAGAUAACAAGAUCUGUAGAUCUGCUAUUGAAUCAGAAUCUGUGUACUUGAACAAAUGUGUGAAUCUCAAGUAUCUCAAAGCAAAAGAAAAAGUGUUUCUAGAGUGUUGUUGCUUUUUAAAAAAAGCACUAAAGUUAGACCAAGGUAUACAGUUUUGUUCUAACAGACAUUUAGGUUAAUUGUAAAGAUAAGGAAUGCAUUAUGGGUCAAAAAUCAAACAUUCCUCUCAUGUUAUGUAUAUUUUGUUCCUGUUAUAUUGGCUUUAUUUUCAAAAUUGUAGUUUGUAGUAUUAGUUUCCUUUUAUUGGUAUUCUUGCAUAUACUAUUCAUUCAAUAAAUGACUUAUGACUUUCA